AUGGCCGAGACUUUGUCCAGCAACAUCGUGAACUAUCUCGGCAUGCCAACCCCUUCCUCUCUUCCCCUCCGUUGCCCUCCUCAAUGCGCUCUUCUAACAUUGUCUCUAGUAUGGCGCUACCUCCAGGAGGCCGGCUUCGGUAAUGCGGCCCUGCAACUCUCGCGCUGCUGGAUUCGCGACCCCGAAACCCUGCCCUUCGCACGCAACGUCGAGCCGCACACGCUCAUCCGCCUGCUCCAAGAUGGCAUGUGCUUCGACCAGCUGCAGGCAGAGGCAUGCAACACUGAGCCGCGAUAUAGAUUCGGCGCAGACCAUGGACGUCCUUACUCUACCCGCAACGGAGCGCUCUUGACCCUUGACAAGGGCAUUCCCGCCCAUGAGCUGGCCACAGAGGCCAAUGGAGCCGUGCAAGAACCCGCGCCCAAAAAGGGCGUCAAACGGAAGAAGGCCAAGCCCACAAACGGCGUCGAACCGCGACAGGACCAGCCCGAGCUCAAUGGCGACGCAAUGGAGAUCGACCAUCAGAAUGGCACUGUCCACGCCACCAACAGCCUGAGGGCUGAAUCGGAGCCCAUUCCUUCCGAAGCCGAAUCGCCCACAGUCACCGACAUCCCCAUAUCCACCCUGAGCAUCGGCCAGGACGCGGAAAUACAGACCGAGGUCAUUGCAGAUCUCCAUGCCAACACCGUCUUCCUGCCACGACAAAGAGACAAUGACAGCGUCGUCGAGCACACCUCGUGGGGCCCUGCCGAGUCGCCCGUCCUGCUCGCCGCCGGCAAGUCAUUGUUACAAGUGCACGUCAUCGACAAGGAGCCCAGCGACAGACAGGACGACCCGUCCAUCAGGACAGCCGACGUUCACCUUCCAGUGAACAACUUUGAAGUCACCGCCCUCUGCUGGCAUUCCCAAGGCGAGAUCACAGUCUCUGUCCGAGAAGAGUGCUUCAAUGAAGUCGGCGAGAAAAUGAUGAUGGACAAGCUCAUCAAAUUGAUAGACGGUGGCCAAACCUCACAGGUCAUCUCGUCCACGGCUGGUCUUGUCAACACACUUCGCUGGAAUCCCGAAAAGGAACUGCUCUUGUCCAUCUCAACCGACGGAGAAAAGGGAUCCAUCAAAGUUUGGAAAAACGAGAGCGAUUCCAUACCAGCCUGGACCGAAUUCACAGACACGGCCAUUUUCGACGCCCUGUGGAUCAGCGACUCGGCCUUUGUCGUCUGCGGUAUCGAGCUGUUCAAGAUCUUCGAAGUGAAUGAUUCACUAACGAGCCAGCGGACCCUCGACACACGCGUCACAUGGGAAACUGUCAAAUACGACGCGGGCUCCGGCAUCCUCGCGGCGCAUGGAGUCGAAGGCCAGACCAGCUUUCUUGGCAUCCUCCAUCCAAACGAUUCGAUCAAUCUUCAGACGCACGAGUAUCCCGAUCAAUACCUAACCGAUAUAGACUUCCGAAGCAGGAAAACGCACAAUGCACUCACCAACGGUACCUCUAUGCCAUCGACACUAUUGGCGACAAGUUCCAUGUCGGGAGCGACGCGCAUCUGGGAUGCCAACGAGCCGUUUCAAUGCGCAAAGAAGCUGCCGACGACCGAUGGCGCUCAAGCCUUCAAGGUUGCCUUCUCACCAGACGGAGUGUUGCUAGCAGCAGCAGGCCCAGAUGCGGUGACGGUGUGGGAUGUUGAGAAGAGAGAGGUCCCAGUGGCAUUGUGGCGGGCAAAGGACUGGCCCAUAGACAAGUGGAAUCCCAGCGUAGAUGGCGAAUUCAGUCUUGGUUGGGACCCUGACAGUUCAAGACUGUCGAUUGCUCUCGGAAACCAGAUCGCAGUCAUCCCAACUCCGAGAGCUUUGUCAUGCCGGCCACAGCAGACGGUCUACCCGCACCAGAGUUAUGCGACCGGGGGGAGACGGAGUUUGGCGGCCCUUGAUGCAAUGCAACCGGAAACGGAGGCACGAUUCCGCGGCCUUGGAGUCGAAGGCGGGGGCGACAAUGUGGAGUUUGGGCCUUGUCUGGAUAGGUUUUUUGAGAAUUGGAUUUGGUUAAACAAAGUCUGGGUAGUUGUGCCCUACGUCAUGUCCGCUGUGCCUAAUCUCCCGUCCAACCUACCUGGACUGCAUGAUCGUGGCACUCGCACGAACGGUGCUGAUGUCAACCAUGUGCGUACCAAUCGACCCGUUCAUGGUAAUGGGCCAGCGCGGUCUUUCGAGAUCAACGAUGCUCCAAUAGAGAAUCAGAGACCGAUGAAAGUCAUUGUGAUUGGCGCUGGCUGGUCAGGUAUCUAUUGCGGUAUUCGCAUCCCAGAGAGACUGCGAAAUGUCGAACUGGUCAUCUACGAGAAGAAUGCCGGUGUGGGUGGGACAUGGUAUGAGAACAAUACCAUGAUCCUCCAUGCAUACCCGCGCACGACUGACUGGAACACAGCACACUCAUACCAAUACACUUUCGAACCGAACCCAGACUGGUCCUCUCUCUACGCCCCAGCCGCAGAAAUUCAAGCCUACCUUGAGCGCGUAGCGACCAAGUACUCUGCAACUCGAUUCAUCAAGCUUCAGCAUGAAAUCAUAGGCUGUCGGUGGGAGGAUAAGACCGCAAAAUGGCAUGUCAGUGUCAGGAAUCUGGCUACGGGCGCGAUGUUUGAGGAUUCAUGCGAUGUCUUGAUCUCUGGGAGGGGUAAUUUGAAUACACCGUCAUGGCCCGACAUUGAGGGGCUCAAGGAGUUCAAGGGGGAGGUUAUGCAUUCUGCCACAUGGAAUGAGAGCUACGACUUCACCCACAAACGCAUAGGAGUAAUCGGUUCCGGCUCCUCCUCCAUCCAGAUCGUACCCUCUCUCCAGCGACUCCCUGGUACCCACAUUUCCACCUUUGUGCGCAGCAAGACCUGGAUCUCGCCGCCAUUCGGUGCAGAAUUCUUCUCCAAAUACAACUUUGCAUCUUCCACUGUUCCGCUCGAGCUACGUGAACGCUUCAAAAAUGACCCCGAGGCAUAUCUCAAGUUCAGAAUCAGUGUCGAGCAGGACGGAAAUUCGAUUCACGCUGUGACGAUGAAGGGCACCCCCGCGCAGAUUGGCGCGAGGGACGCAUUUUAUGCGCACAUGAAGGAGAAACUAAAGAGCAAGCCGGAGAUCUUCCAGGCGCUGAUCCCCAGUUUUUCCCCGGGUUGUAGAAGAUUAACACCCGGGCCCGGCUACCUCGAAGCCUUAGUCCAGGACAACGUAGCUUUCAUCACCUCCCCCAUCACCCACAUAUCCGAGACGGCGAUUCACACCGCCGACGGGCAAGCACACGAAAUCGACGCCCUAGUCUGCGCCACGGGCUUCAAAUCCAGCACCGCGCCGCCUUUUCCCGUAACCGGCAUGCACGGCCUCUCCCUGCAGGAAAAAUGGUCCCAACGCGCAACUACGUACAUGAGCCACAGCAUCUCGUCAUUCCCCAAUCUCUUCACCAUGCUCGGCCCCAACUCUGCCAUUGGCACCGGCAGCCUCACGCACAUGAUCCAAAACGUAGGCGACUACAUCAUCCGCUGCAUCCGCAAGCUGCAAAAGGAGAAUAUUGCGGCCAUGGUGGUCAAGGAAGCGCGCGAACGCGACUUUAUAGAGUAUGUGGAUCGCUACUUUGAGGACACGGUGUUUAGCGAUGAGUGUAGGAGUUGGUAUAAGAAUCGGGGCACGGGUGAGGUGGUUGGACUUUGGCCGGGGAGUACGCUACAUUUUGUCGAGGCAUUGAGGAGUGUGAGAUGGGAGGACUUUGAGUAUGUUUAUGUUGGGGAGUUGGAGGGAGAGGGGGAAGGGAGUGGUGAGGGCAAGGGCGGGAAGAAGCAAAAGGUCAAUCAACUCGCCUGGUUGGGGAAUGGGUGGAGUAUAAAACAAAUUGAAGAGAGGGAUUUGGCGUGGUAUUUGUAUCCGGAGUUUGUGGAUGGGCCGGUUGCGCCGUUGCCGGAGGAGAAGGAGAGCUUGAGGAUCAGGCCGUUCUCGUAUUGA